CCUCGAUGCCGAUCGGCGAUCCAGUUCCAGUAUCGCAAUCGAGCAGUGGAUCUCCGUGGAAAUCUCAUAACAAAAGUAACACACGACAAUGGGCAAGCUGCUCGACGGUGCCUGACCGCCGUCCAACUCAGACACACAAUUCAACGGCGUUUAGGCCGAAACUUUUCAUUCUAUUUGAGCACGCUGCUGGAUACGCCAUAUUUCGCGUUAAAGAAUUUGAAGAAAUUGGAAUGCUGUUACCUCAAGUGGAAGAAUCCGUAACAGAUCUAUCACGUUUCCGUAGUGUCGUAAGCCUUGAAGGAUAUUUACCUUUCAAGACAUCAUUCGUUGCUCUGGAUAAUAUCAAUAGUGUUUCUGAAGGAAUUAUGACAGAUGACCUAAAGCUCUUCCUAGAUUCCAACUUUGGUGAAUUUGCCAAAUCAGAUAUUGUUCUUGGUGUCGCAGAUCCCAAACUUGGUGCAAAUAUCAGUGAAAUCUUGGGUAUCAAGUGCGAUCAUGUCAAUGUUGUUCCUGAAAUUAUAAGGGGAAUAAGAUUCCACUUUCACAAUCUGGUGAAAGGUUUUACAUCUCGGAGCUCUGUGGAUACACAACUAGGUCUUGGACACAGUUACUCGAGAGCAAAAGUUAAAUUCAAUGUGAAUCGAGUAGACAACAUGAUCAUUCAGAGUAUAGCCUUACUUGAUCAACUUGACAAAGAUAUCAACACAUUUAGCAUGCGUAUGCGCGAAUGGUACAGUUAUCAUUACCCAGAACUUGCAAAAAUAGUUCCAGAAAAUUAUACAUACGCGAAAGUUGCACAAGUAAUAAAAGACAGAAAGCAACUAACGGAUGACAAAAUGAAAAUGUUAGAAGAAGUUGUCAUGGACAGUUCAAGAGCAGAGGCUAUUAUCAACGCAGCCAAGUCAUCCAUGGGAAUGGACAUAAGUCCAGUUGAUUUAAUGAACGUUGAGAUUUUUGCUGGUCGCGUUGUUGCAUUGGUGGAUUAUAGGAAAAAGAUGGCCGAUUAUUUAACGCAAAAAAUGGCAGGAGUAGCACCAAAUUUAGCUACUUUAAUUGGAGAUCAAGUCGGCGCCAGAUUAAUAGCACAUGCUGGUUCGCUUACUAAUUUAGCGAAGGCACCAGCAUCUACUGUUCAAAUAUUGGGAGCGGAAAAAGCCUUGUUUAGAGCAUUGAAAAGUCGUGGAAAGUCGAAUACUCCGAAAUAUGGACUCUUGUUCCAUUCUACAUUUAUUGGUCGCGCUGGCACUAAAAAUAAGGGUAGAAUUGCAAGAUACCUAGCAAAUAAAUGUUCCAUUGCUUCUAGAAUUGAUUGUUUCGCGGAAAUACCAACGAAGAUAUUUGGUGAAAAAUUACGACAACAGGUAGAAGACAGACUAGACUUCUUCACAACUGGCAAGGAACCGAAAAAAAAUCUGGACGUAAUGAAAGAAGCACUAGAGGAAACGGCACAUAUGUUGGCAGCUCAAGAAAAAGAAGCUAAGAAGAAAAAGAAACAUGAUAAAAAAAGAAAACAUGUUCUCGAAAAUGGUCAAGAGAAUGGACAUAUUGAAAACGACGAAGUAAAUACGUCAUUACAGAAAAAGAAAAAAAAGAAAAAAUCGAAACAGAUUGAUGAAUAAAGAAAGAUCGUCUUCUAUACAUUAUAACAUUGUGUUUUGCAUUGGAGAGACGUAUACAUUUUAUGUAUCAAAGGAAAUCUUACACAUAAAACUGGGAUUACGUACAGCGAACUUAAUUACUAGAGAUAAUGAAUGACCAAUUGUGUAAAUUAUAUUCUAAGAAAAUAAUAAAACGACAAAAAUUACAAACGUAAAACAGAAGAAAUUUAAUGAUUCUUAUUUUUGCUGUUUUUCCUAUUUAUAUUUGAGGAACAGGAAGAGAGGUAAUUAUAAUAAAAAAAAGUAAAUGGACAUUCAUAAUAUUAUGUGUUAAUACCAGCACCAAUUAGCAUUUAAUAACGAAUAAGUAUGCAAAAUAUAGAUAUAAAUAUCUAAACAAUAAUUAUACAAUAAAAUUAUUGGUUUUAGCGAAGUCUCAAGGUCUCAAAAAUCAACUGAGCUAUUUAAAUCGGAUCACAUAAAUACUAUAAGCAAUGUAUCCUGCCAUGAUUCACACUGGAGAAUUAAUAAUCGUUGAUUGGAUCAAAUAU